AUGAAGUACACUGCGCCCCCUGGCACCUUUCUUUUCACCUCGGAAUCUGUUGGCGAAGGCCACCCGGAUAAGAUAUGUGAUCAGAUUGCAGAUGCCAUCCUUGAUUUCUGCUUGAAAGAUAACCCUCUCUCCAAGGUUGCCAAAGAAGCUGCAGUGCGACCAGGCUUGGUCUGUGUGUUCGGGGUUGUCGAAUCCGUCGCCGUCUUUGAUGUCGAUGCCAUUGUGCGCAUGGUCCUUAAAGACAUUGGCCAUGACACACCUGAGCAAGAGCUUGAUUAUCAAACUUGUCAAGUCAUAAACCAUGUCGAGCGACGGGUGCCUAGCUCUGCACAUUCUGUGGACCUCGAGCCGGCCGAGGGAGAAACUGCUGGGACAGGGUAUAAUAUUCAGCUAUGCUUCCGAUGA